CGUAACCGAUCUGCUUCAUAAAAGGAGGGUAAUUUCUCCUUCGUUUCGGUGAUAAUAUGAUCGAAAAUACAAUCCUAUCAGCAAAUUUCUAGUGUUGAACUUUGGCUUAUAAAUUAUUCCAAUCUGAAUUUCCUCGGGGAUUAUUUCAUUUCAUUCCGAAAUUUGCCGUUCAGCUAUCGUUGUAGGUUUUUGAUGGCUGGCAAGAAACGGAAACGUGCAGCUAAACCGGAUCCAAAUAUGUACCAGCUGAAAGUAUUCAAAUUCGUGAAAUUACACCAAACCAAAUCCAAUAAACCACCUAGACCUCGAAGUGGUCAUCGAAUAGUUUGCAAGAAUGCUUCCAUGUACGCUAUCGGAGGAUUCAACCCGACCGAUUCGAACGACGAAGUGGAAGAAUCUCCAUUAUUUAAAGAAGUAUGGAGGUUCGAUUUCAUGUCUCGUACUUGGAAAAAAUUAGAAGUCGAAUCUUUACCGAACGAAUUAGCAUCGAAUUCGGCCAUUCUGUGGGAUAAAUUCCUAUUCCUUUACGGCGGAACUGCGUUUCCUUUCGGCGAUCGUUUCAACAACAAGGUUUAUUUGUGCAAGUUGGAAGACAGCGAACCGAAAUUGAUUUUUAAGCCUUUACCUACGUCCGAGGAAAUACAUCCUAAACAGCUGUAUGGUCAGAGCAUCGCUAUAGAUAACAAGCAUCUGUAUAGUGUCGGAGGCACCGAUGGUUUCAAGUAUUACAUGGACGUGUACAGAUUGGAUUUAAGAACGAAUCAAUGGCUCAAGUUAUUCGAUCAGGAUAUCGACAAUUGCGCUAAAUGUCCCGAAGCUAGAUAUAGACACGAAGUUGUACUUUACAAUAACCGUUUGUAUGUGUUUGGCGGAGGAGUAUCGUUCGAAGCUUUCGAACUGGAUGAAAUUCCGGUAUUCAAUCUAGAAACUAACGAAUGGACUUCUUUACCAUCAAUCGGCGAUGCUUCAAUUACGGAUAAUAAUGGUUUCCCGUUGAAACGAAAGUGCCACGGUUGUGUUCAAGAUCCUCACGAUAAAGCUCUAGUAUUCAUCAACGGCGGUUAUAACGAUAAUUCGUCAGUUUACAACGAUACCUGGCGUAUUGAUUUAAGAACUCUCGAAUGGAAACGUAUAACUUCUUUGAAUUUACCCAACGGAACGUAUUUCCAUUCAGCAGCUUGCACCCCCGAUGGCCGAAUGGUGGUCUUUGGUGGUAUUACUAUAAAUAAGCGUCAUACCGGUCACCCUCACGAAAGAACAGCUGAUGUAUUCUCAACGUGGAUCAGAAUACCUAGACUGGCCGAUGCUUGCUGGGAUGCGCUUGAUUUUUAUAUUCGAAAAAAGAUUAUUACGUUACCAGAUGACAUUAGAUCUUGGCAAUUACCGUUUUAUGACGAAUCCAGGUUACGAUCGGCCAUUAAAUUAAAUUACCCGGACGUUUGAGUGUGUGACUCGAAUUAGCGAUUAUUUUUUUCGACAAACAAAAAAACAGGGUUUCAAAUUAUUCUUUCUAUAGUUAUCUCUUUAACUAAUCUAAUCGGGUGGUAUUUUUUCUCCCGAGGAGAUGACUCGAGUUUUAUUUUCAUUCAAAAUCGAACGUUUAGCUACAUAUAACGAAGUAUCUACGUUUUCGGUCAAUUUUACCCUUCAAUCGUCGACUUGCAUCAAUUGACUUCGUAUUUUGAACAUUCUGAUACUUUAAAUCGUUCGAAGAAAUCGUACAAUCUACAAUUUUAUACAUCACUCAUCAAUUUAUCAUCGUAAACAGUUUCAUCAAAUUCGUUCCCUGGAAACUGUACCAUACUUAUUAUUAGAUUCCCAGUCGCAAAUCACGCUUCACCCUCCUCUCCUCCCUCACCUGCUAAUGUAUUUGUAGAAAUUACAUUUCACGGUUUUUUUUCUGGUCAAUAGUACUAAUUCUGGUACGAAAAUAUAUUUCGUAUACGCGAAGAAAAUAAAUAUAUCGAGAAUAUAUUAACAUUCAACUUGUAUUUAAGCACAAAGAUAUAUACUCGACGAAAUUUUCACAUUUCUUAGUUGAAUACAAAAAUAACUAAUUAAUGCUAAAAGCGUUUUAUCACCUUAAAAAAUAAUGAAACAAUCAGUCUUAUAAUCGAAAUGUAAAGAUGAAAAAAGAAAAUAUAUAUCGACGAAAUAAUGCGAGAAUUCGUUCGUUUUUUUCAGCGUAAUGUAAAAAUCGCCCUUGAAAGGAAUAUUUAAAUAAAACAUGAAAAAGAAAAAAGGAAAACAAAAAAACGCGAUUUACACGACAAACAAAUCGAAUACGAGUAAAUCUAACAACACUAAGCUAGUCUUUCGAGGCGUUUAAGCAUUUAUUAAUUUUCCGGCACGAUAUUUCUUCUUCGUUUCUUCUCUCUAAUUCGAGACGCAUUUUCCGACACUGACGACGCUGCAUUUUCUUGAAUUUGACGCCGAAUUCCUUUCCGAAAGCGAGGUUCUGUAAUUCGCAAUAUUAGACGGGUAAUUAAUUUACGAGUACACGAGUUGAAAACUUAUUUAAUAUGUAUUUUAAUAUAGGUAUCGUAAGUUACGAGUCUAUAAAAAAAAUGUGAUUUAAAAUUCGUACUAUUUUUAAAUAUUAUUGUUGUUUGUUUUAAAUUAAAUAUUCUAGUGACCAAGAUUAAUUAUUGUUAAGGUAAUUCCCUCGCAACUUUUUUUUGCUGGUGUUAGAAUUUAUUUAUUAUUUAAAACUUUAAAAGUAUCGUGUAUUAUUUUUAAAAAAAUAAUUUGGGAACGAGUUUAGAAAAAAAUCACCGAUUUAAAAACUUGAAAAGAUUUUAAUUGGUGAUUUUUUAAAACAAAACCCCCAAAUUAACUGAAAUCAUCGUGAAAUAAUUUGAAAAUUCAAGUUGAUAGAAAUAUUAUAUAAACGUUUUAUGCUAAGACAAAAUGAAAAUAAAUAAUUUUUUGGUACGUAAAAAUGAUGAACAUAAAUGGUUCAAGAUUAAGAUGUGUAAAAUAUGUAAACUAUAAGUCAAUAAACCCUUUGAAAAAUCAA